GCUCAAGUCGCGACGUUUGUUUUCCGCGACGCUCGCCACAGCCCAACGAAGUGCAGGAUGUUGGCCGUGCUCAGCUUCACCUUCAGCGCUUUGCUCACCUCAGUCGCAGGGACCCAGUUCAAUGCCGAGGUUAAGCAACACGGGAGUUUCUUGAAACCCGUGGAAUACCAGCACCGCCUGCGACUUUGCAAUGCUUACCCUGGAGCCGAGGUCUUCCGGGUGGAGAAGGGUGGCCAAAACUUGACGAGCAGAUUGGCUUACAAGGAGUGUCAGCAGGUGGCUUCGAAGCAGUCGCUGCGGGUAGGCGACCGUCUGAAUUUUGUGGCGGAUCAGCUGCCUAUGAGUAGCUUCACGGUGGAUGCCCUGCCUCAGUACGAUGCCAUGCUCUACAUCGUGGUGCAACGUCAAGAUGCAAAAAGCGACGCUGUGGCCUUUCAGUCGCAUCUCUUCGCAAGCUCGAGGAACGCCCAGGUGGCGGUGAUGGAUACCUAUGUGGGCAAGGCGAAAGCUGCCCUGCUGCUGGUGAACGCCUCAGGAUACGAAAGCUCCAAGGAAGGUCCAGGCUAUACUGUGAUGCCAUUUGGAACAGCCUUCGGAGUGGCGGAUGGCAACUACCAGGUGAUCCUCAGUGAUGGCUCGGCGGAGUCCAAGAUCCACAGCCCCAUGCAGGCGAAGGAGGGCGAAAGCUACCUGGUGCUUCGCACGGGUGCAGGUUUGGCUGGAAAGGGAUCCGAGAUGGAUCUCAUGGUCUUCCCAAGCCCAUCUUGGGCUGAGAGGAGCGCGGCUAAAGCCUGGAGUCUGACGAUUGCCUUCUUGGCAGCCUUGUUCAUCAGCAUGAUGUGAGUGGCGCGCAUGACCCGUGCGAACAAAAA